AUGUUUGGGAUAAAUUAUGGUGGUAAACUUGGUUUGGGCGACGCGACCAAGAAACUAGAGUUACCAGGCCCUGUCCUAAACCAAAAUUUGUCCACUGAAGCGGUUGGAGUUGUUCAACUUGCAGCUGGGGAAGUUCAUUCUGCUGCUUUAACCCACAGCAAUCGAAUCCUCACAUGGGCCGCUAAUGACGAAGGAACGCUAGGUAGAGACACAAUUGUUGAAAGUAAAAAGACCCCUAUAGAUGCUACUAGCGAUAAUGGAGAGGAAGACGAUGACGAUGACGACGAUGAGGUGGAACUCAAUCUGAAGGAAGCUACUCCGCUGCCUGUGGACUCUUCGCAUGUUCCCGAAGAUGGCACUGUUUUCACCCAGUUGGUCACAACCGACAGUGCAACCUUUGCUCUUACAAAUAAGGGUUUGGUUUACAGUUGGGGUACAUUCAGAGACAACAAUGGUACAGCUCGCUUCUCGCCCAAGUCCACGAUCCAACGAGCACCUGCCUUAAUACCUGAUUUGAAGGACGUUGUAAAACUUGUCGCAGGAGCGCAGCACGUUUCAGCCCCGAUUUCAAAUGACACCGUUUUUUCUUGGGGAAUUUAUCAUUCAUUCUCCAUCCGUAAGACUGGCCACCUGUACGCUUGGGGAUCUAACAACUUCGGACAGACCGGAGUUUUCCAGAGCGCGGGUCAAAGCGACGCCGUCAUAUCGUAUCCUACUCCAGUUCCAAGUCUAGAAAAAGGAUCAGGGAUUGUCAGCGUUACUGGUGGAAAGGAUCACAGCUUGGUUGUAACUGAGCAGGGGCAAUGUCUUGUCUGGGGUCGCAUAGAUAAUAACGCCCUUGAUAUUAUUGGUCAGGACAUCCCAACCUCUGAUAUAAUAUUUGACACCUAUAACAAGCCUCGGAUUCUCAAAGUGCCUACACCUAUAAGUAGUGUUGACGGAAAGGUUGUCUUUACCGCCGCGGGAACAGAUCAUUCUUUCGCCAUUAUCCAGGAUGGUAGAGCAUACAGCUGGGGCUUCAACGCACAACGUCAGGUCGGUCACAGAAAUGAGGAAGAGGAUGAAGUUGAGCUGCCCACACAACUCAAAAACAGACAUGUGUCCGGCAAAAUGCUUGUAUCCGUCGCCGCUGGUGGUCAGUUCAGCAUUUUCCUGCGUCUGCACGAACCCCAAGCGAAGGGCCCAUCUAAUCAACACCAAGAUCGAAUCUAUCCAGCACUAAGAAACUACCACCGCCAGGAGUCUUAUUCCGAGAGAGAUCGCCGAGAUAAUUACCGCGGUCCUUUCUUGACCCAGAUCGCUAGUAUGGCUUGA